AUGCCGCCCCCGCCACCGCUCCGCUCGCCUCCGAGCGGCGGCCCUUACACCGCCGCGCCGCCGUCGCCGUCGCGCGCGGCCGAGCAGCACUGCCUGCGCCUCCUGGAGCGCGCCACGACGCCCAGUUCCCUCCUCCAGCCCCUCGCAUUCCUCCUCAAGCGCGGCCUCCACGCCAACCCGCUGGUCCUCACCAGGCUCUUCGCGGCCGCGGCCUCCGCGGCCCCCGCGCUCCUCGAGCCCCUCGUCGCGGCGCUCCUCCGCCCGGGCCUCCCGCUCGACGCCUUCCUCGUCAACACCCUCAUCCGCGCCCACGUCGCCUCCCCGCUCCCCUCCGCGCGCCGCGCCGCCGCGGCCUUCUUCCCGCUGAUGCUCCGCCGCGGCGUCGCCCCCAACAAGUUCACCUUCCCGUUCCUCCUCAAGUCCUGCGCCGCGACGCCGGGGUCCCCGGCCGCCGGCCUCCAGGCCCACGCCGCCGCCCUCAAGUUCGGGUUCGCCGCGGACCACUACGUCUCCAACACGCUCAUACACAUGUACUCCUGCUUCGGGGCCGGGUUCCUCGGGGACGCGCGGAACGUGUUCGACAGAACGCCCAGGGACAGCGCCGUCACCUGGAGCGCCAUGAUCGGCGGGUACGUGCGUGGGGGGCUGUCGAGUGAUGCCGUCGUGCUGUUCCGGGAGAUGCAGGCCAGCGGAGUGCGGCCGGAUGAGGUGACGGUCCUCGGGAUCCUUUCGGCCGCCGCUGAUUUGGGUGCGCUCGAGCUCACGCGGUGGGUUGAGCGGUUCGUGGCGAGGGAGGGAAUUGGGAGGUCUGUGACGCUGUGCAAUGCGCUGAUCGACACGCUCGCCAAGUGCGGGGAUGUCGAUGGGGCAGUGGCUGUGUUCGAGGGGAUGGAGGAGCGGACUGUUGUGUCAUGGACAUCGGUGAUUGAUGCACUUGCAAUGGAGGGCCGUGGGAAGGAGGCUGUGGGGGUGUUCGAGGAAAUGAAGGCUGUCGGUGUGCCGCCUGAUGAUGUCGCGUUCAUCGGGGUGCUCACUGCAUGUAGCCAUGCUGGAAUGGUUGAUGAAGGCCGUGGCUACUUUGACUCAAUGAAGACAGAGCAUGGUAUUGAGCCUAAGAUCGAGCAUUAUGGUUGUAUGGUCGACAUGUUUGGUCGCGCCGGCAUGGUUGAGCAUGGGUUGGAGUUUGUUCGCGCGAUGCCCAUGAAACCGAACCCAAUAAUUUGGCGGACUCUAGUUGCUGCUUGUCGUGCUCAUGGUCGGCUCGAGCUCAGUGAAAGCAUCAGCAGGGACCUUCUUAAGGAGUACCCUGCUCAUGAGGCCAACUACGUCAUGCUCUCCAACGUGUUCGCGUUGACGCAGAGAUGGAAGGAGAAGUCAGAGAUUAGGAGAGAGAUGAGUAAGAGAGGAAUCACAAAGGUGCCGGGCUGCAGCCUUGUUGAGCUUGAUGGAGAGGUCCAUGAGUUCAUAGCAGGAGAUGAGUCGCAUCCGCAGUACAAGGAGAUAUACAGGAUGGUUGAGGAGAUGUCAAGAGAGCUAAGACGCAUUGGGCAUAUUGCAGCCACAUCAGAGGUCCUCCUUGACCUUGAUGAGGAGGACAAGGAGGGUGCGCUUCAGUGGCACAGUGAGAAGCUGGCAAUUGCAUUCGUGCUCCUGAGGACUCCUCCUGGAACACAGGUCCGGGUGGUAAAAAACCUGCGUGUAUGCUCCGAUUGUCAUGCGGCAAUUAAGUGCAUAUCGCAGGUUUAUAACCGGGAGAUCAUAGUGCGUGACAGGAGUCGUUUCCAUCGCUUCAAGGAUGGUUCCUGCUCGUGCAAGGAUUUCUGGUGAUUGGAAUUGUGUUUCACCAGGUAUCCUGUUUCUGAUGGUGCAGUGAAGAGUGGAUUCAACUUCAACAGCACAUGCAGGGGCAGAUAAAUGCAUGUCUUCUGCUCUCUCAGUGGCCUCUCUGAGUUUCUUUGGCACUAUUCUAAGCCUUUUCUCAACUAUCUCAUUCUCCAUUGCUUCUUCAUUCAUGCAGUGAGUUUGUAACUUACCAUGCAUCUAUGAACUGUCUGCCAUCUCUAUGAUGUUGCUGAUCUCGGCCAAUGCUUUGAAGCUUUCCCUGUUCUUGUACGCCCUUGCCUUCUCAUUAUUGCAGGGAGCUGUUAAGUCAAUCUCAGCCUCCUUGCGCAAGUGAUCGCAUCAUCAUUCACUACAGGGACUACAUGGACAUGCUAGCAGGGAAUACUCAUGUUUGGCUUAAACAUGGGAAGGAAAUUACAACCAGCUGAGGGCUGAAGCAUUCCAUGUCUCCAGCUAGGCUCUCCACAAUAUGCACAAGAAGCAGAGGACUUUGUCAACUUCAAAGUCAUAUUGCGCAGUCUAUUUGCUGGUUCUGAUGGCGGUGAGGGUGACGCGGCCUUGUUCCUAACUUUCUGGAUGGUAUCAGCAAAGUGCGCUAGCAUGAUAGGAUUUGAUGUCUCGCAGUUCUGUGAUGUCAAUGGCUAUGCUGAUCUUAGCCAAGGCUUAGCCUUUGCACAAGCUUAAUCAGUUCCUGGAGCUCUUGAUCAGCCGCUGUUUCAGCCAAGAAAACAUCCACUUUGACAUGAAGCUCCUCUGGUGAUGUCAACACAUGCGGUGAAUCCCCAAACUGGCCUGAUGAUUGGUGGUAACCACACAGCGCCUCCAUUGAGGAUAAGUGAGGCAUCUAGUCUGAGCAAUCCUAUGAACUCCCUGAUGUUCUUCGAUGCCUUUUCAAGUGCUUCCACGGUGCUCCUCAGCUUGUCCUUAGCGCUAGAGAAGAGCGCCACCGAAGUGGUGCCGAUGCAUCAUGCCAUGCUGGAGCACACAUUUCUCGUGAAAUGCAGAGUGGUACUACCAGCACCAUGCUGGUCAUCGUUUUUUCAGUGAGCGGCUUUGUCUGUUGCAUGAUGUUUGAACCUGAGAAGCACCUCGUCACCAUGGGCGGCAGCCUCCUUGAGCUUCUCCCGCCACUGGACUAGCGUGGUACUUUUUAUGAUCUGCUUCGCUCACACCUCGACCGUGCUGUGGAUCCUCAUGAGGAGCAGCUCCAGCCUCUGCAGCUUCUCAUCAGCGGCCAUCUGCCAGUUGAAGUUCUACAGGAACUUGGACACUGCCCUGUCCUGUCACCACGGCGGCCACUGCUGCAGCAUUGGUGGCAACCACUUGUGCCAUGGCUAGCUCUCAAACAAGGCUAAUAUGGAAGACUCGUGUUUGGCUUAACAUGGGGAUGGAAUUGAUGGGGCUAACAGAAUGAAGUCAACCGGCUCAUGGGCCGAAGCAUUCCAUGUCCCCAGCUGCUAGGCUCUAUGGUAUGCACAAAGCCGUGAAAUUCAUCAGUGGCUGUGGCCUGAGUGACGGCGAGGUCCGUCGGCCUUCUGCCACCCAUUGCACAGUUCAACGGUAUUAAUGGCCAUGCAGAUCCUAGCCAAGGCCCUUUAAGCGGGGGUUUGUCAGUUCCUGGAGCUACUGGCCACCUGCUGUUUCAGCCAAGGAAAUAUGCACCUUGAAGCUUAUCUGUUGAUGUCAGCAUGUAUAGGGCGAAUCCUCAAAUUGACCAUGAUGCAUGUGGUAACAACCAUAUAUACAACAUCUUUGCUUGAGGUUCGAGAUGACCUCUUGUUGGAGCAGUAUUGUCCGUCACCUUCUCAAGCGCUUCCACUGUGCUGUUGAGCUUCUUCAUGUUCUCAUCGCUGGAAAAGGGUGACACCACAGUGGUGCAGCGUACUACUGGUGCCAUGCUAGGCUUCGCUGUUCCAGUGAGUGGCUUCUGUGACGCCCGGUGCACGAGGCUUGAAAGGCUUGAAGCUGAGAAGCACCUCGUCGCCAUGGGAGGCAGCCUUCCUUGAGCUUCUCCAGCCAUUGGACCAGCCUGGUGCUCUUGAUCGUGUGCUUCUCCAACAUCUCAAUCUGCGAAUUCUGAUGGGAACAGCUGCCAUCUUCAGGUUGAGCUUCUCCAGGAAUUUGGACAUUGCUGGACUAUAGCGGUGAUGGUACUACCGUCUACCAACCACUUCCUGGGCCAUGGCUAGCACUCAAACAGGGUAAGUCGCUGACCAGAGCCUCUCAUGUCCCGAUAUACAUAAAAUUAAUGUUUCUUUUGACUGUCCAUCUUAACUGAGAUAAAAUUAGAGUCAGCGACACAAACUAGGUAUGCACAUAGUUGGUUUUAUUCACCCUAAGCCAGGUCGUCUAGCACUAAGAAAAGAAGAACAUGGAUUAGACGGACACAACAAUACCUAGCUGCUCAAAUGUUAAACAACCCAAGACUGACAUGUCCAUAUAUAGUAGUUCAUGCAAAACUGCCAUGAAAAAGACAUUACAUGCAAAACUGCCAUGAAAAAGACAUUACAUGCAAAACUGUAGAUAUAUGCUUCGCUGUCACCACAAGAAACCACCUCGGU